ACUGUCUCUUCCUGAUUAGUGUUAUUUCGCUUGAGUAAGAGAUCCCUAAGUUUCGAUCCACUGUCCCAGUGGAUUUGGGACUGCGAUGGAGGAGCAGUUCAUCCUCCGCGUGCCGCCAUCCGUCGCAGAGCGGAUCGAGCGCCUCAUGAAUGAAUCCACCGCCUCCUCCUCCAACCCCCACGAGGCCUCCCUGGACCUCUCCUUCUCAGAGGAUGGAAGAAAUGACACAUUUAUGAUCGGUAAUGAGAGCUUUCCUGCAUCUCUCUUGGAUCUACCUGCUGUGGUGGAGUCAUACAAAACAUAUGAUGAUUCUGUACUAAUUAAAACUGCUGAUGUUGGUCAGAUGAUUAUGGUAAGAGAAGAAAAUGAUCCUGCUCCAGAAGGAGUUGAGUACAAGCAUGGGCUUACUCCUCCAAUGAGGGAUGCACGCAGGCGACGUUUCCGCAGAGAACCAGACUUGAACGCAGAGCUGGUUAACCAAGUUGAGAAGCAUCUUAUCAGUAUCAUGCAUGGAGUAUCUGUCAGUAUCCUUUUAUUUUCUUCUCUUGCCACUUGCUAAAUGGUAGCAUGUGUUGUAUUCUAGCAGCUAGGGAAAAUGGUAUAUAGUACUCUUUUUUACUAUUUAUUUAGGUAAUAGUUUUCUCAGUAUUUUUCUGGCUACUAACGUUGGUUGACAAACGGUUUGUCUACAUGGAGUUCCCUCCCUUUUUGACAAGCGCAAUGACGUGUUUCUUUGAAUCUUGUCUGUAUAGUGGUUUCAGAUUCAGAUAGAUGUUUUGAAAGCUA